AUGCCGCAGGAACACUUUGAGGGCUCUGUGGACAUGGGGAAUCCACCGUCUUCACGCUGCACGACUCCCUGUCUCUCUGCGGCCAACUUGGCCUCCCUGGGGGGGACCUCCUCGAGACGGGGCAGUGCAGACACGGGCAGCAUUGUCGACCCUGACACCAGCCUGAGUGAAUUUAGGGAUAUCUAUGAUCUAAAGGACCAGAUUCAGGAUGUAGAGGGGCGGUACAUGCAGGGACUUAAAGAGCUGAAGGAGUCGCUGUCGGAGGUGGAGGAGAAGUAUAAGAAAGCCAUGGUGUCGAACGCACAGCUGGACAACGACAAAGCCAACCUCAUCUACAACGUGGACACACUCAAAGAUGUCAUCGAGGAGAUGGAAGAGCAGAUGGCCGAGAUGCGUAGGGAAACUGAGGACAAGUCUAAGCAACUAGAAAGACAAAAGCACACAUGCACAGUCCUGCAGCACAAACAAGUGGAGUUAAAGGAGGAAAUCCGCCGAAGAGAUGAGCACAUUGAGGAGAACCAGCAAAUCCAGACUAAAUUAGAUACCCUCACCAGAGAGGUGUUUGCCCUGCAGGAAACGAUAAACUGUAAGGACAAAAACAUUGGGGUAGGAGAAAGGCAGAAAGAGUUGUUUGAUUGCAUUAGGAAUGAGAGGGAUGAGCUCAGGGGUGAGCUGGCUGACAUCAAGGCGAAGGCCUAAACAGGAGAGAAACACGGCCUGGCCAUCAUCCCAGAGGGAAUGCCUAACGGGGACAUCAACCAUAACGACCCAGCCGCAGGGAUCACCGUGGUCACACAGGAGGCUGCCCAGGUGCUGGAGUCAGCAGGAGAAGGGUCUCUGGAUGUUAGGAUACAAAAGCUUGCGGAUGAAAAGGACGAACUCUUAGCCCAGAUCAGGAAGUUGAAAAUGCAACUGGAGGAUGAGAGGCAGAAGCACUCUAAGAUGGAGAAUGCCUUCACAGAUGGAGAGAGGAUGGAGAACGGCACUGACCUGCACUUCAUUGAGAUGCAAAGAGAUGCCAACAGACAGAUAAGUGAAUACAAGUUCAAGCUCUCGAAGGCAGAACAGGAAAUUGGCACAAUGGAACAAAACAUCAACAGACUGGAAGGACAAGUGUCCAGAUACAAGGCGUCAGCGGAUAACUCAGAGAAAAUAGAAGAUGAACUGAAAAUUGAAAAAAGGAAACUUCAAAGCGAGCUGCGGAUUGCACUAGAUAAGAUUGAGGAGAUGGAGAUGACCAACAACCACCUAGUAAAGCGCCUUGAGAAGAUGAAGGCCAAUCGGAACGCCCUUCUGUCUCAGCAGUGA